UAAGGCCACGUUUAACAGGGAGAUGAAGGUGCCCGUGCCAGAGGCGUCUUCGUGGUUUGCGGCGCCUGCCGUGGAAGCCACAGACACGGCGCUUCCUUCCCACGGCGCCCGGCUUCAGGGCCUGGAGAGGAGGAUGGUGGCUGCGGAGCAGAAGUGGGUCGGCUGCGAGAGGGUGGUGGCGGAGAUGGGGCAGGAGCUGGAGAGCAAGCUGUCUGCGCUCGGGACCCUGAUGCGGGAGAACAGCGUGCUCCAGAGGAGGCUGGACAACUUGGAGAACCUGCUGAAGAACCGCAACUUCUGGAUCCUGAGGCUUCCUCCGGGCGUUAAAGGAGAAAUCCCUCAGGUGCCGGUGACCUUCGGCGACAUCUCCGUCCAUUUUGACGCUCAGGAGUGGGCCAACCUGGAUGAGGGGCAGAAGGAGCUGUACAAAGGGGUCAUGCGGAGCAACUACGAGAUGCUGGUGUCGCUGGACUAUGCCAUUUCCAAGCCCAGGAUCCUGUCCCAGAUUGAGCGAGGGGAGGAGCCCCGUGCGGAGGACCCAGGAGACUCGGACGCAGAGGAGCUGCCUGUGGAUCCAGGAUCCCCGAUCGCUGCAACGGACGCUUCCUCCUGGGACGGGAAAGAGGUCAAGGAGGAGGCGAGGCCCUUUGACGACCCAGAAGAGAGUCAAGAAAUGAACCUCGCCAUCGACCCCGACUUGGAACUCCAGAUUGUUCAACACGAGACGACGGGGCCGCAGAUUAAGGAAGAGCAGGAGGAAAUCCACAUCAAGGAAGAGCCUCCGUCUCCGGGGAGCCCCGGCAGCGGAGAAGAAGAACAGCCCAUCGAGGAUCAGCAGGUCUUGGUUCCGGCAGCUGGACGCCGGACGCCGUGCAGGGCUGCAGAGGAGGAGGAAACCGACCAGAGCUCAGCCGCCCCACCCAACGCGACGGAGGACCCCGAGCGGAAAGCGGUAGAAGGCAACCUCUUCCAGUGCGAGAUGUGUGCCGCGGACGGCUCGCCGCGGACCGCCUCCGCCGACCACCCCUACAGCCGCAAGCGGAAGUUCCAGUGCACGGGCUGCAACCGGAGCUUUGCCUUCCAGGGCCAGCUCUCGCAGCACCUUCUGACGCAUGCGCCCGGCGCCCAGUUCCCCUGCGCCCAGUGCAACCUGUGCUUCUCCAGCCAGAAGUCGCUGGCCGUCCACGAGCGCGUCCACUCGGCCGACUGGGCCCUGCCCUGCUCCGUCUGCAGCAAGGCCGACCCGCCCGCCUUCGACCAGAACCAGCAGUCCCCCGCGCCCGGCCGGCCCGCCCCCUGUCUGGAGUGCAGCGUCUACUUCACUGACCCGGCCGCCCUGGCCGCCCACCAGCGGAUGCACUCGGACGACUGGCCUUUCCGCUGCCCGCAGUGCGACCGGACUUUUGUGCACCAGGGGCUGCUGCUGGAACACCUGGAGAACCACAGCCGGAUGCAGAGCCGCCGCUGCCACACCUGCGGGUCGUGGCUGUCCUACAAAGGGACCCUGAUGCCCAGCGGGGCCCGCCUGUUCCACUGCAAGAGGUGCAACACCGCCGGACGAGUCCCGGGGGACUUGAAGGCCUGAGGCAGGAGGAGAAUCCGACCCACCAUCAGUGAGGGGGCGGCCCUCAAACAGGCACAUUCUCCUGGCAGACCCUUUGAGCUCAGCAAGGCAGUCAGGGAUCCCUCUCUUGGGAGAAAACG